AUGGCCUCGAACGAAUCCCGAAGUGACAACAGCAACCACGACGUCCCACUUGCUGUCGCUGCUGCCGUAGGAGAGACAACAGGGAUCGUGGAAAAUCACCAGGAUGAGCACCAGGAAUCCUACGCGGUACUAGGAGUUGAUGAGCCAAGUUCUGUGGCCACAACCAGCCCAGUGUUGGACCCUUCCCUGUUCCAUCUUUCCCCUAAUGAAAAGGAGUUGGCACUGGAGAUACGAGAAACCAUUCAGGGUCUGCCGGAUGUUGAUAAUGUAAGCGAUUUCAUGGCAGCCCACUUGGCCAUUGCCUGCAAGGGAGACAUGACAUGGGCUAUGGAUCGGGUCUACAAAAUGCGAGACAUUAGAAAGGAGUACAAGAUUGCCCUGACAUAUCCAGAAGGUGCCAAGACCAUUCAAGACAUGUUUGCACUGGCACCCGAUCUGCUGCUGUCCUACCAGUACAACCUUCACACUGGAGAUGUCGUUUUGGUAAUGGACAUGACCAGCCAAUAUGCCAAGGAGGCAUUCUCAAAUCCAAAAAGUAUGAAUAUAGUUGGAAGAGGGGUCCAUUACUUGUGCCACGCAAUGUUUCCCUGCUUUGAGGCCGUGCGAGUGGGAAAUGUUCACAUUUUGGAGUGUGAAGGAUUUGAUUGGGGAAAGGGCAUGGUGGAUGUGGCUCAAUUUGGAAAACUCACCAAUAUUUCUCAUGGAGCAUUCCCUUCCGUGCUGAGGACCAAGUUUUUCAAUACCCCCACUGUGCUAAAUGUUUUGGUAUCCAUGUGCAAACGGUACAUUCCCAAGGAGAUUAGCUCACAAUUUGAGCUUGGCUGCACAUUUGUUGGCGGCAGGCUUGAUAAGUUCUAUCGGGUACCCAACAGGGAAGUUGCUUUGAAAAGAGCCGUGGACAUGCUUUGCGAGUCCCUCCAAAUUCGUAUGGAAAGUGAGAAAGUGUUCUCUUUGGAUGAUGAUUGA